UUGAAUCUGAGAAGUAUAACCCUAUUUUCCACAAACAAAAAUGAUAGAAUUUCAUCCGACUGGCUCAGAUCUUUUGAAGCUAUGGAUUCCUUGCUUAGAUUCCUCAUAUUUAUAGGACUAAAUUCUUUUCUUAUGGUACUCACCAAAAACUGUUCACAAACAAAAUAUACGAUGAUUCAUCAUCUCCUUUGCCAUCAAAACGAUGAAAAAAAGGAUAAAUUUGUUUAUUAAACGCAAAGAAAACAUUUGGUUCUUGUAUUGUUUUAUUGUUGUCCGAAUUGCCCAAACCUUGAUUAAGCAAUUGUUCCUUUUUAAUUGUAUAUGUUUCUGAUUUCACACUAGUAAAUUUGAUAAGCAGAAGUGAUGAAUUCCUCAGAAGAAGAGUGUUGUGGGUUGGAGAUGAUGCAGAAAGAUCUUCAUGCCACUUUUCUUGAGAUGAUGUACUAUUUGCUCCCAUCUCCGUACGAGAGCCAAGAGACCAAUCAUCUCACUCUCGCUUACUUUGUCAUCUCUGGCCUUGACAUUCUCAACUCUCUCCACUCUGUUGCAAAGGAUGCUGUUGUCAGUUGGGUUUUGUCUUUCCAAGCUCAUCCUGGUGCCAAGGCUGAUCUCAAUGAUGGACAGUUCUAUGGCUUUCAUGGGUCCAAAACUUCUCAGUUUCCUCCAGAUAAGAAUGGGAUUUUGAUUCACAACAACAGCCACUUGGCCAGUACAUAUUGUGCCAUUGCCAUAUUGAAAAUUGUUGGCUAUGAACUAUCCAACCUUGAUUCUGAACCACUUGUGUCUUCUAUGAGGAACCUUCAGCAGCCCGAUGGAAGUUUCAUUCCCAUUCAUACUGGAGGAGAAACGGAUCUUAGAUUUGUAUAUUGUGCUGCUGCCGUCUGUUUCAUGCUGAAUAACUGGAGUGGCAUGGAUAAGGAGAAAGCCAAGGAUUACAUAUUACGCUGCCAGUCAUAUGAUGGUGGCUUUGGAUUAGUUCCUGGUGCGGAAUCUCAUGGAGGUGGAACUUACUGUGCUAUUGCAUCUCUCCGGUUAAUGGGACUCAUUGAAGAUAAUAUUCUCUCAAGUUGUGUUUCGUCAACUUUAAUAGAUGUGCCAUUACUGCUGGAGUGGAUCUUGCAGAGGCAGGGAAUUGAUGGUGGAUUCCAGGGUCGACCAAAUAAAUCUAGUGAUACAUGUUAUGCAUUUUGGAUUGGAGCCGUUUUAAGGAUUCUAGGGGGCAGCAACUUUGUUGACCAUAAGGCUCUACGUGGAUUUUUGCUGUCUUGUCAAUACAAGUAUGGUGGUUUCAGCAAAUUCCCUAGAGAGUAUCCAGACCUGUACCACUCCUUCUAUGGAUUUACUGCUUUCAGCCUGUUGGAAGAAUCUGGCUUGAAAUCACUUUGUUCUCAACUUGGAAUUACUGAAAAUGCUGCAAUGGGACUCUAACUUAGAAUUAUAAAUGGAUGCACUUUUCUACCUAGCAUUUCUUGAGAAUCAUAUCAAGCUCUCAGCACAAGUGCACCCUUGUUGGAUCUUUCUUUUCUAUUCCUUUUCAAAUAUAAGUGGACUGCAAAUUUUCCCUUUCA